CAUGGCUGUUUCGCGCUAGGUUUAGGUCUCUCCAUUCCUCCACUUGCUUUGCUGGAUCGACGAGCGGCGGAGCGCGGCGCCAAGCGCUAGAUCUCGCGGCCAACAGGUAGUGUUCUUGACAGAUUCCACCGGCGCGGCGGCCGGGAUCGAGAAUGCGCUGCCAUAGCCCGCGGAUACUCCCGUAAUUUUGCCGCGGCGAGCUCCCGCUAGGCUUGGAGUUGGGGUUUCUUCCGUCCUUGUCGGUCGUCGGUGGGGGAUCGAUGAGCUUGGGGGCGAGAAUUUGAGCUUGGAUUGAGGCGAAUUGGGCGUGGCCAUGGAGAGCGAGCCCGGCGUGACUUUGGGGACGAGCUACUACCAGCACCAGUUCUUUCCAGGGGGGGAUCUUAGCCUCGCGCCCGACCCGGGUGAGGUGAAAUGGGGGCGCUAUGUGGAGACUCGGGGGCCUGAGAGGAAUGACUGGGAUGUCAAGGCCUGGAAUUGGGACAGCCUGCUCUUCCUGGCACAGCCCUCGUCGGCAGACAAAGCUGGUUCCAACACGCAACUUGACCACCACCACCACCAUGCUGCUACUCCUGCCACUGGGCUCAGCUUAAAGCGCGAUCAGGAAUGGCUGGCCUCGUCGCCAAUGAAUGCGACCAAGACAAUCGUAUUGGAUGCAUCAUCCACUGACGAGGACGAUGCCGAGUGCCUGACGCUCAAGUUGGGUGGUCGUACGUACUCGUCUACGGACGAGUCCGCUAGGAAUGGGAAACGGCAGAGGUCGACGUCUCCUGGUUCUAGCUGCCAGCAGCCACAGCAGCCACAGCAGCAACAGCAACAAUCGCAGCAGCAGCAGUAUCCAAUGUGUCAAGUUGACGAUUGCAAGGCGGACUUGAGCAAUGCGAAGGACUAUCACAGGCGCCAUAAAGUCUGCGAGAUGCAUUCCAAGGCCGCGAAGGCUCUCGUGUCACGAAACAUGCAGCGGUUCUGCCAGCAAUGUAGCCGAUUUCAUCCACUUCAGGAGUUUGAUGAAGGAAAAAGGAGCUGCCGACGGAGACUUGCCGGGCACAACAGGCGGAGGAGGAAGACACAGCCUGAUGCCGCAGCAGCUCAAGCUUUCCUGCUGUCAGAAGACGAUGUAGCUGGCAAAAGUGCCGGGCUGCUGAAGCUGCUGCAAGUUCUAUCACAACUACAAGCAGCCAGCGCUCUUGAAAAAGCAAACGCUGUCCAGGAGCGUGAUCUGGCCCUCGAGUAUCUCAGAAGAGCCGUGUCCGUGUCAACUGCCCUGGGGGACUGUAGCAAGGAAGGCAAUGGCUUCGGCCAAAAGCCUGAAGUGAAGUCACCGUACGAUGCUCAGGUUCUCUCGGCCCUACCGGGCUUACCUUUGCUGGAUGCGUUCUCCGUCUUGCUCCAGAACAACUUGAAAGCUCAGGCAAAGGAACUACCAGCGCCAGUGGUGUCUCAACCUCUGCAAAACGGAACCGACUACUUGCCAAGAGGAAGUCAUGCUCCGCCACCACCAACGUCAAGGCCGGCACAUUCCGUAAUUGAGGUCGAUGGUCCGUCAGGACAUAAACCUUUUCCUUUCCAAUCGCCCGUGGCUGCUGCUGUCAAUAAGGCUGCUGUUGCUCCCGACUCGAGAGACGCAGUCAGGCCAUCACUGCUUGGACUUCUGGGAGCACGCGAUAGACCUCCCAGUCCUGCCGUACCUCCAACAUCGUUUAUUCAGGCUGGACAUUCUCAACAGUCAAGUGAAUCCCAAUCGGGCUCCGAGCAAUCGCCUGAUAGUUCCUACGCUGAUUGGCAGGAGCGAACGGGAAGGAUAUCUUUUAAGCUGUUUGACAGGAAUCCUGGUGAUUUUCCGCAGCUCUUACGAGCACAGAUUCUUGAAUGGCUCUCACAUGUUCCCUCCGACAUGGAAAGCUACAUUCGACCUGGCUGCGUUGUACUGGCUAUCUUUUUAUCUAUGCCAAAUUCUGCAUGGCAAAAGCUCUGCAAUGACCUACUUGGGAAUCUUAAGCGGCUAAUUGAUUCGUCUCCUACCGACUUUUGGAACAAAGGCCGGAUACUUGUGCAAGUUUGCGAUCAAUCUGCAUAUGUAGUCGAUGGGAAGGUGCAAGCUGUCAGCCUAAAAUCAAGAGAUUUUCCCGAAAUUUUGGCUGUUAGACCUCUUGCAGCUGUAAGAAACGAGGAAACAAGAUUUUUGGUGCACGGUGUUGACCUCGCUGGUGCAGAUACGAGAAUUUACUGUGCGUUCCAUGAUGAAUAUAAUCUUCAAUCAUGGAGCGAAAUUGACGCAAACGAAGAGGAUGCUGAAGGCAGUUUGUGUUUCACACACACUCCGUGCGAGUCUAUCGGCCGGUGCUUCAUUGAGGUGGAGCGCAAUGGCGGCAGCAGCUUUGCACCCGUUUUGGUUGCAGACAAUGCAAUUUGUGACGAAGUGCGAAGCUUGGAAGAGGAUAUAGAGAUUGCUUCGUCAAGAGCAGGGGCCAUGGCAGACAGUUGUGCGUUCCCAGAGGAGUACUCUGUGGCUUUCGUUGAUCUGGUGGAGCUGGCUGUAGAACACGAGACGUCCAGGUUCUUGCAUGAACUGGGAUGGGUGUUCCAGAAGCAACACUGGCAGUUGAUGAAGAAACAAGAUCAUUGCGAUCUCCGCAGCUCAACGAUGAAGUGGCUGCUGAUGUUCGCGGUGGAGCGCGAGUGGUGUGCAGUGGUGAAGGCACUCCUGGACACGCUCUACAGCUUCCAGAGCACCGGGAAGGUGGAGGACGUUGCGGACGUAUUAGAAAGUGUCAACCUUCUCCACAGGGCAACAAGCCGGAACAGCAUCACUAUGGUAGAGUUCCUCUUGACGUAUCAAAGCCCGGUGGCGAAGAGAAAAGAGAGCUACGUAUUCUCGGCCGCUACGGCUGGGCCUGCGGGACUGACGGCUUUGCACGUCGCAGCGUGCAUGAUAGGAGCGGAUCGAGUCGUUUCCGCCUUGACGAGUGACGCUUCACAGGUUGGCUUGCAAUCUUGGAACUCCGCUCGAGACAUUAACGGCCAGUCUCCAUUCGACUGUGCACUGUCUCACGGGAACUUCACGUACAUUCAGCUGGUAUGGAGCAAGAUCGCGGCGUCCAGAGGCAAGUCUAUUCCAUCUCAAGCCACUAACUGGAUCCAAAACGCGUUGAGCAUCGAGCUGCCGCCAUGGCCGUCGUCGUCGACUCAAACUCCAGGAGGAUCCAAGGUGCUGCUUCCAGCUUCUUGCGGGAGCGAAUGCGUCGCAGCAGCAGCUGGGCAGCAUCCUGUCCGGCAAAACUUUGCGGGCAUUCGGGGUCCCAUGUACAGGCCCUUCAUCCUGUCCAUGGUGGCGAUAGCGGCGGUGUGCGUGUGCGUGUGCCUGCUGCUCAAGAGCCCCGUGGAAGUGCGCUUCAUCUCGCCUUUCACAUGGGAGUCCGUCCAGUUUGGCCCCAAAUAAUAAUGUGGUUGUUUGUAAUAUAAAAAUCUAAAUCCAAUCUAAAAUAAAUCAACAGUUUAGCAUAUACAAUUUACCCAA